AUAAUUAUAUUUGAAAUUAUAAAACUACACUUUAAAUCUGCAUUAGAAUAUUAGAUAGGCUGUGAUAUACAUAAAACAAUUAGAUACUGACAUAUUACUAGCAAAGUGUAUUCGAAACAUUUACUUAAUUAGGAAUGUCAUCAGAUGAGAACCAAGUCCAAAAUAUAUACAAAUAUUGUAGAAAAUCCCUCAAAAAAAGUAAAAGGGGAACGCAGCACACGGACAUCACGCAUUCGCAAGAUGAUACAAACAAUGAAGAUAUAGAUAUAUUACCAAGAAGUGGUAUAAAAACAGAUGGAAUUAACAGUGUUCCCGGAUGCAGUUGUAGUGUGGACGUGGAGAGUGAAAUUGCUAAUAUAUUGCACAAAAAGUGCCCCGUAAUAACAUUAGCUCAACAACAAUUGCAGCGACUUUUAGAGGAAACUGACCAACUGUUUUGCGAUAACACUAGAUGUUGCAGGUCCAUCUAUGAUUUUGUUCGUUUAUGUAAAGAAAUAUUAGUUUCACAGAAUAAAUGCUAUUGCUUUUUUAUAAUUCUAUUUACUAUGGCCUUUUUGAUUGGCAUAGUGUUAGGAGCAGCAUCAUGUGGAACAUCCCUGCGACGCUUCAACAGCCCUUUAUUAACUUGCUUAGAUAAUCUGUUUAUGCCAGACACUUACACCAAAAUAGAAAAUACAUAUCAUUGCAUUGUUUAAUUUUAUCUAAAAUGUCCUUAGAUAUAUACAGUAGUA